UAUCAAACAUCUGGUUCAGUUUAACACGUGGGGCGCUUCAAAUUAAAUGGGCUUUACUCGUUUCGCAAACGAAAACCGAUUUUAGUCGUAACCAAAGGAUAAAACGAUAGUAAGAAUCUUCCUUGUAAUAAAAAAGAUGGAAGCUUGUUGUUCGAAAGUAGAAGGUGCAAGAUUCCGGAAGAAACUAAAGAAAUCCUUGCCUGUAUUUAUAGUAGAAGACCAUAACGAAGUAUUGUAUUACAUCUAUCGCGCUCUUGGAUCUAAGACACUACCUUUUGAAAAUGGUACCAUUAUACAUUUUGAUUCACAUCCUGAUUUAUUGCUACCCAAAGGAUUCGAUCCUAGUUUGAUACGUGAUAAAAAUUAUGUGAUGAGUGUAGUUAGUAUUGAAAAUUGGUUGCUUCCACUCUUCUAUGCUGGACAUUUUGAUACAUUGAUAUGGAUGAAACCUCCUUGGGCACAGCAAAUUCAAGACGGGCGCUAUUUAUUCGAAAUUGGGACAAAUCAACAUAACGAAGUUAGGUUAACAUGUCCAGAACCUUAUUUUGUGAGUGAAUUAUUGUAUUCAAUGCCAGAAAAUUUGAGAGACGAUAAGAAUAAAAUAAAUUUAAUUGUUCAGACGGUAAAUUUUGAAGAAUGUGUUACAGGAAAGGAUAAUAAAGCGUAUAAAAUAGAUCCUCUUAAAACGGAUAAGGAUUGCCUAAAUGAAGAUUAUAGAAAUGAUAUAAGAUCGAAACAAAUAGAGACUCACGUUAAGAUAGCUUCGAAGGCCUCGGGCGAUUUUGUCUCUGAAAAAUUGCAAGUUUCGCCACAACCUUGUGAACCACUAUUGGGUGUUACGAAGACUGUCAAACAAAUUGAUGGCUCCAAAAUUGCCUCCGAGUUAACAGAGGUGAAAAUGCCAAACAAGUUUUCCGUCUUAACUGAAACCAGCUCUCCAUCACAACUAAAGAAUGAAUUAAAUCUAUUAGAAGUUGAAAAUAUAAAAGAAUCUUCCUAUAUUUUAGAUAUAGACUUGGAUUUUUACUCUACUCGAAAUCCUUUUUUGGUGUUACUCGGUAGAAACUGUUUUGAAAAAUUGCAACGUCUCUAUUCCUUUCAUAUUGAUGCCGACACUAAAAAUGAGGAAUUAGAGAGAGUUACGAUCGAAAGGAAAAAACAAUUGGACGAAUUAGAGAAUAUGUUUAAACAUCUUCAUAAGGGUGGAACUAUUAACGAGUUACCUCGAAGUAGCAGGUUAACAUGUCCAGAACCUUAUUUUGUGAGUGAAUUAUUGUAUUCAAUGCCAGAAAAUUUGAGAGACGAUAAGAAUAAAAUAAAUUUAAUUGUUCAGACGGUAAAUUGUGAAGAAUGUGUUACAGGAAAAGAUAAUAAAGCGUAUAAAAUAGAUCCUCUUAAAACGGAUAAGGAUUGCCUAAAUGAAGAUUAUAGAAAUGAUAUAAGAUCGAAACAAAUAGAGACUCACGUUAAGAUAGCUUCGAAGGCCUCGGGCGAUUUUGUCUCUGAAAAAUUGCAAGUUUCGCCACAACCUUGUGAACCACUAUUGGGUGUUACGAAGACUGUCAAACAAAUUGAUGGCUCCAAAAUUGCCUCCGAGUUAACAGAGGUGAAAAUGCCAAACAAGUUUUCCGUCUUAACUGAAACCAGCUCUCCAUCACAACUAAAGAAUGAAUUAAAUCUAUUAGAAGUUGAAAAUAUAAAAGAAUCUUCCUAUAUUUUAGAUAUAGACUUGGAUUUUUACUCUACUCGAAAUCCUUUUUUGGUGUUACUCGGUAGAAACUGUUUUGAAAAAUUGCAACGUCUCUAUUCCUUUCAUAUUGAUGCCGACACUAAAAAUGAGAACCGAAGAAUUAAAGGAAUUACUCGAAGAUAUAAGAAAGGAAAAAAUAAAUAUAGAUUACAAUCUUCUCCAUGAUGCUGGUUGUACAUGUGAUGUAUCGCCACUCCCACAUUACGUCACAAGCAUUGACGACAUUCGCCAUCUGGUGCGGAAAACCGGCAACAUUUUGUAUCAAUUACCAAAACCCGCCAUAAUAACAAU